AUAUUACAUAAUAUCGCUAAAUGUCUUGAAUAAAAACGGAAUUUUAAACCAGACAAGAUAUUAAUUUGCAAAAUAAAUUAAAAAAAAUUGAUUUUUAAAUAUGAUUACUUCGUUGCGAUUGGUUCCUUCUGCCUUUGCAAAAUUGUUCAUUCAAAGCCAAAUAGUUUCAUCUCGGUCGCCCGCCUUACAACAAGUUGUACAAGUUCAAUCAAGAUUCCUAACUACAAGUCAGAUCCUGGAACGUAAAUUAGACAGUCGGGCCCACCCGCCAUAUCCUUUCCCCAGCAACAAAAAUAACAGAUGGGUUGAGAGGAAGUCAUACAAAGAUCAUGAAUAUACCAUUGAACCAUUACCUUGCCCAAGAACAGGUGGCCGGGGACCCAAUGGCAGAAUCUGGAACCAUAAAAGAGGCGGGGGCCUGAAAAAGGUUUUCUACAUGAUUGACAACUUGAGGUUCAAUGAUAAGUAUCUCACACCACAGAAAGAUGGUCUUAUUGUUGAAAAGAUUUUAGAGAUUAGGCCAGAUCAGAAUAGGACUGCCCAUGUGGCGUUAGUGGCCUCUGGCGAGAAAAAAAGAUACAUAGUUGCAACUGAAAACAUGAAAGUCGGAAAUCUCGUCAGAUCUUACAACAUCGUCUCCAAAACCCCAAUCAGGCCAACAGAGGGCGACGCCCACCCGGUCGGCUCUCUGCCAAUAGGAACCGUGGUCAGCUGCAUCGAAAGAUUCCCUGGAGACGGGGGCAAGGUCGCCACUUCGGCCGGGACGUCCGCCACCCUCGUUCGAAAGCAGGUCGAUAAGGAGGGCGAAGAUGUUUGCGUCCUGAAGAUGCCUUCGAAACGGGAGAUCGUCGUCUCGAGUCGCUGUGUGGCCACCGUCGGCAGGGUGUCCAACGUUCUGCAUAACAAAAAACAUUUAGGAAAAGCUGGAGCAAAGCGCUUGCUAGGAAUUAGACCCCGCAGUGGACUCUGGCAUCGAAAAACUGGAAAACAUGGCCGGAAAAUCAGAGCAAUUAGACCCCCUCUCGUUUAUAAAGUUAAGGGCCCUGAGGUCGCAAAACAAAAAUACUUUACACUACCUAAUGGCCCCGGUCUUUACGCUUGCAUGCGGUUUUGAAGCACGUUUUAGUGAUAUGUUUGGAGUCAAUCUAACUGACUGUUAAUCAGUUUAAUUGGAUGACUCGACUAAUUGAUUGAUUGUUUGAUUGGCUGAUUGAUUGUUUUUUUUGAUUGAUUGACUGAUUGAUUGAAUGAUUGAUUGACUAAGUGAUUGACAAGAUUAAUUAUAUUUAAAUGCUUCAAAUUGUUUUAACAUUGAAUAAAAAUUUAAAAAAUUUGAGCUAGAAAAUUGAGACGCCCGUGUGUGUUCUUAUAAAGAAAAAAAAAUUUUUUUUGGG